GGAAACCUAUCUAUGGGAGGAGACUAAAAGCUGCAGCCUUGAUUGGUGACAUUGAACCCGAUAUGAUGACCCCGGGUCAUAACACUAAAGACUCAGCUUUGGCUGUUGGAGGUGCAGACACUGCUGAGGACCAGCUAAAGGCCAACACUCUUAAAGAGACUUGAAGGACGUUGACGGUUAGAUCCUAAGGUUCUGCAGCUGCUGCGGUUAAUGAUGGAUGAGAAGCAGUGCUGUGUCACACUAUCAGUCCAGCCAUACAGAGGCCUUGCAGAUGAGAAGUUCGUUGUCCUGGUCCAGAACGCCCUCCCUAGUUCCCAGCUGACCAUCCGCGCCCUCCAUCAGUGUGAAGAUGGACACAGCUGGCAUUCCUUUGCCCACUAUACCUCUGACGCCACCGGGGCUGUAGACGUUUCAGAGGACUGCAGUGUGGGGGGAACUUAUACAGGGGUGGAAGCUAUGGGUUUGUUAUGGAGCCUUGAACCAGUUCCAGGCAGCAAAGCAGGGCUCAGGAUGAGGAAGAAGAAUGUCCUGGCCCCCAUGGUGGUCACCAUCUCUGUUUACAAGGGUCACCUGAGUGAGGGCUUUGGGGAUCAGAAGCCUCUGGCCGGUGUGGAAGUGGAGCGGUGGUACAUGGCACCUGGUGUCCGACGGAUUCCAGUCACAGAGGAUGGACUCACUGGCACCCUCUUCCUACCUUCAGGACCUGGACCUUUUCCUGGUCUCCUGGACCUGUGGGGAGGUGGGAUACAGCUGGUGGAGUACCGGGCAGCUUUACUGGCCUCACAUGGGAUUGCCACCAUGGCUCUGGAUUACCUCACAUGUAAAUACACCAUGGAAACAGGGGAGACUGUGAAGCAGGACUACCUUGAGACGGCCUUUAAAUUCCUCCAGAAGCACCCCAAGGUCCUGAGCAGCAGAAUUGCCAUGCUGGGCCUCUCCCUUGGCACCAGUAUCACCCUGAGGAUGGCUGUCUGUUCUGAAGUUACCAAGUUCAGGUGUGUAGUGUGCAUCAGUGGAAGUCACGUUCAACCCAUGGAUGGAUUUCUGAAGGAAACGGUGGAUUAUUUCCUUAAGAACUCUGGGAAAACUCGCUUUACUAAAGAUGAUGAAGCGAUCUGGAGAGAUCUGCUGCUGCCCAUCCCCUCUGACCCCUCCCUCAAAGUGGAUGUUGGAAAACUUCAGUGUCCAUUGUUGCUGAUUGUUGGAGAAGAUGAUCAGAACUGGUGCGCCUAUGAGUCUGCAAUGGAUAUGAAGGCGAUGAUGGAGCGAGCAGGGAACAGCCAUCUACUGACCCUCCUGUCGUAUCCUAAAGCAGGUCACCUGAUCGAGCCACCGUACACGCCGCACACACGAGCCAGUCUGUUUAGAGAUGUUCGGUCACGUCAGACAAUGAUGGCUCUGUGGGGGGGGCAGACCCUCGAACAUUCCCGGGCCCAGGAGGACGCCUGGAGGAAACUCUUGGUGUUUCUGAGGACCAACCUGUAUGGAGGCGUAAAGCCUGGAGCUUCAUCGCUUUCCAACCUUUAAGUAGGCUAAUGGCUGUUGGUUUGGAAGCAGAGGCCAGAUCCUCAGUUCUCUGCUAAAUAAUGGGAAUCACAGGAAUCGAAGAAUGAAGACCUUCACCAAGCAGCACAUUGUGACUUAAAACUAAAGCUUAAAUGUUCGCUAACUUCCAUUCAUACCUUUUUAAGUUAUCCUGGUAAAGCAUAACCUCCUUGGCAGAGUUAAAUAUGGCUGCUCUAGUGAAAAUGUUUUGGAUUAAUAAAGCAUUUGUUGAUUAUGUGUG